GGGGCUGAGGGCAGCGGGGGUGUCGGGGGGACAGGGACCCGGCUGAGGGGCGAAACCCCGCGGCGGGGGUCACAGGGGUUUCCGCGAGGAGCGCGGACACCGGCGGUGGGUGGGGUGUCCUCGGGCAGUUUGGACGCGCAGGGUGUCUGGACUGGCAGAGGUUUAGGGGUGCGCUGAGCUCCAGGGGUGCUGGCAGGUGAAGACAGGAUGUGUUGCUGAACCUGCUGCCCACUCCCCCUGCCGGCUUUCAGCUGCUAAGUGGGAAAAAGUUAAAAUUCGACGUGAUUUUGAGGAGCUGUGGUACGAGUCGUCAUGUGCUCGCUGGUGUUCCCCUUUAGUACAGAGGUGUCCAAGCAGGCGCAGCUGAUGGAGCUGCUGAAGAAGGAGGUGAGGGCGAUGCUGAUAGCUGCCAAAGCGGGCUUGACACCAGAGCAGCUGGAGGAGCAGUACAUGGCCAUGGUCUGCAAACCCCUUCCUCUGCAGGACCUGGGCUUCCAGUCCACCUUGGAGCUGGUGACACAAAUGCCUGAAGUUGUCCGAAUCUGUUCUAAGAAUGGCACUAUAAUCCUAAAAGCCAUUGCAGAUGACUCCACCAAAGGGAUUGCCAAGCUGGUUGCCAACCAGAAAGUAAAACCACGUAAGGCAUCAAAGAAAACUGCUACAAAGGCAAAUGCUGUUUUUCCCAGUAAGAACUCGAGGAAUCCACAGAGUUUCCAAACUCUGAGUGCCAGGACUCCUGUCCUGCCAGCAUCGGUGAAGGUUGAGCUGCAGGACCUGCUGAGCUCCUCCCCACUUCUGCUCACAGACUUGGACAAGGCCUUCCUCAGACGCUUUGGCCGGGCACUCCAGUACAGGCAGUAUGGAUUUUUGUCCAUGUUUGAAGUCCUCAGGAGCAUGUCUGACUCCAUUGUGGUUGAGCAGACAAAGGCAGGUUCCUUGCUGGUCCUGAGGAAGUACUUGACAAGCACAAUAGAACGUGAAGAGGAGGAGGAAGAGGAGCCUCAAGGGGAGGCUGAGGAGGAAGAAGAGCCUCAAGGUGAGGCUGAGGAGGAAGAGGAGGCUGAGGAAGAAGAGGAGCCUCAAGGUGAGGCUGAGGAGGAAGAGCAGGCUCAGGAAGAAGAGUUGCCUCAAGGUGAGGCUCAGGAAGAAGAGAUGCUGCAAGCAGCAUCUGCAGCUGAGACACCUCCUCUGGAACCCCUCUGUGAGACAGAGAGCUUCUACCAGGCAGCACACCUGAUGGAUUCAGAGCCAGCACAAGCACAAGCAGUAGAUACAGGUGAUCACCUUAAACAAUGUCCAGGUUUUGAGCAGUUUCCAUCGACUCCAGAAAUCCCUCCAGAUGCUGUUCAGGACAGAAAGCUUUGCAGUUUGCCCCCUCUGAAGAGAAGGUGCUUGGUGGGAGUCAAUGUGGAAUUCGUCACCUCUCCUAGCCAGUUCUACAUCCACAUCUGCAGCACGGAAGCCUCCUAUAAACUGCAGGAUCUGAUGUUUGAGAUGAGACACGUUUACUCACAUAAAGUUGCGUCUGAUAAAUACAUCAUGCCCGAGUCUGCGGUGCGGCCUGGGCAGCUCUGCUGUGUGAUGGUCUCCAAGUGGUGGUACCGUGUGAUCAUCCACCGUGUGGUCAAUGACCGCGAGGUGGAGGUCUUCUACGCAGACUAUGGACACCUCCAGAUCGUCCAGAAGUCCUCGCUGAGGUUCCUCAAGUGGCACUACUUGAAGCUCCCUGCUCAGGCCAUCCCGUGUUCCUUGGCGUGGGUAAAACCCGUGGAGGGUACAUGGUCCAAUGCAGCAAUUCUCCUGUUCAAGCAUCUCUGUCGCUUCAAGGAGCUCGUGGGCAUCGUGGAUGAAUAUGUGGAUGGUGUUCUGUACCUCUUCCUGUGUGACACAUCCACCAAGGAGGAUGUCUACUUCCACUCUGUCUUGAGGGAUAUGGGAUAUGCUGAUGUCUGUGGAGAGAACAUUCCUUCCCAGGAAUUUGAGGAACUGAAUCCUUCAGCCUUGUAUGUUCAGCCCAGUGGGAAGGAUGGGAAUGCUGAAGUGGUGGAGCCAGACCUUCGCUUGCAGCAGGGAUCUCAAGAUGCAGACAGUGAAACAGCACCCUUGAAGGUGGAUGGGGCUGAGCUGUGACCAGAUGAAGAAAACAUGAAGACCAAGACUUUCCUGGGAGUCUCAUGGUUGGCCUCUGCAGUGCUCUGGGCUCUGUGACCAAGGGUCACCUCAGGAACUGUGUGUCCCUCCUGCCCUGCUCUCUGCAGUGUUGGCAGCUGCAUGAUUGGCCACUUCCCAUGCCUGCUUCCAGUGGCUGCCCAGCCUGACAAGGAGGGUGUGAUAAGAGGGGAGAAGCUGCAGCUGCUGCCAAGGAAGCAGCACAGGCUCUCUGUAUGACCGUGCUGCAGUUUUUUUGGGGUUUUUUUUGGUUUUUUGGUUUUUUUUUUUUUGUUCAGAAACAUUCAAUCCGUUGAAAAAACCUGGAGUGUAAUGUCUCAGGUGUGCCCAGCAUGUGUGAUAAAUGUUAGUUUUACUUACAGGAAAAUAGUUUGGUUUUGUUGUACUGAGUUACUGCUCUUUAAUAUAAUGGUUCAGGAGAACAUCCAAGUGUCACAUUGUGUUAUGUGUCCUUUAAGUUUAGGAGAGGGAAACUGGCUGCCCAUCCCUCCCUCCUUCAGUGCAUGAGCUGUUUUGACAUUGUGUGGAGAUGUGGUUUUGGUUUUUAGCACAGUGCCUGCUCUAAACACUCCUUGCUGUGAGGGCAGCUGAAGAAAUCUCCUUCCCCAAAAAGAUUAUGCUGUGAUUUGUUGCAUGUUGUAUGUACAAAGUGUCAGGAAUCUCAUCUUAAAGAUAUGGAAUAAAAUCUCUAAGGAAUCCAGUGAGAGAG